UGGGAGCGGCGGCGGGGGCCGUGAGCCGGCCUGGAAGCGGCGGCCGAGUCUGCGGCCGACCCCGCUCCAGCCCAUGGACCGGCCCCCGGGGCUGCGGCCCGGCGCGGGCGGGCCCUGGGAGAUGCGGGAGCGGCUGGGCACGGGCGGCUUCGGGAACGUCUGUCUCUAUCAGCACAAGGAGCUUGGUAACAAAAUAGCUAUUAAAUCUUGCCGCCUGGAGCUAAGCGCAAAGAAUAAAGACCGGUGGUGUCAUGAAAUCCAGAUCAUGAAGAAGUUGAAUCAUCCUAGUGUUGUUAAGGCCUGUGAUGUUCCUGAGGAGAUGAAUUUCUUGAUUAAUGAUGUCCCUCUUCUAGCCAUGGAGUACUGUUCUGGAGGAGAUCUUCGGAAGUUACUCAACAAACCAGAAAAUUGCUGUGGACUUAAAGAGAGUCAAGUCCUUUCUUUGCUUAGUGAUAUUGGGUCGGGGAUUCAAUAUUUGCAUGAAAAUAGAAUUAUUCACAGAGAUCUAAAACCUGAAAAUAUAGUUCUUCAGGAUGUUGGUGGGAAGAUAAUUCAUAAAAUAAUUGAUUUGGGAUAUGCCAAAGACCUUGAUCAGGGAAGUCUGUGCACAUCUUUCGUGGGAACUCUGCAAUAUCUGGCCCCAGAGCUCUUUGAGAAUAAGCCAUAUACCUCCACUGUUGAUUAUUGGAGCUUCGGUACAAUGGUGUUUGAAUGUAUUGUGGGAUAUAGACCUUUCCUACAUCAUCUACAGCCAUUUACUUGGCAUGAAAAGAUUAAAAAGAAAGAUCCCAAGCACAUAUUUGCAUUUGAAGAGAUGACUGGAGAGGUUAGAUUUAGUAGCCACUUACCUCAACCGAAUAGCCUCUCUAGUUUCAUAGUGGAGCCCAUGGAGCAGUGGCUACAGCUGAUGCUGACUUGGGAUCCUCAGCAGAGAGGAGGGAGCCUAGAUCAUCUCACACUGAAGCAGCCGAAAUGCUUUCUGCUCAUGGACCACAUCCUAAACUUGAAGAUUGCACAUAUAUUAAAUAUGACUUCUGCAAAGAUAAUUUCCUUCCAAUUGUUGCCUGAGGAGAGUCUUCAUUCACUACAAUCUCGGAUUGAGCAUGAGACUGGAAUAAAUACAGCUUCUCAAGAACUGCUCUUAGAGAUGGGAAUUUCCUUGGACCCCCGGAAGCCUGCCUCUCAGUGUGUUCUAGAUGGAGUACGAGGCUGUGAUAGCUACAUGGUAUACUUGUUUGAUAAAAGCAAGAUCGUCUAUGAGGGGCCCUUUGCUUCCAGAAGUUUAUCUGAAUGUGUAAAUUAUAUUGUAAAGGACAGCAAAAUCCAGUUGCCCGUUAUGCAGCUGCGUAGAGUAUGGGCUGAAGCUGUGCAUUAUGGUGUCUGGACUCAAGGGAAGACUACAGCAGGCUCCUUCCAGGGCCAGAGAGCAGCAAUGUAAGCAGGCCUAUCUUCUUCGCUAUAUGCUAACUUAACAAAAAUGAAGAAUACCAUGAUCUCAGCAUCUCCACUGAAAGCAAAAUUGCAGUUUUUUCAUCAGAGCAUCCAAGCUGACUUGGAUAGAUACAGUGACCAGAUGACUUAUGGGAUAUCCUCAGAAAAAAUGCUAAAAGCCUGGAAGGAGAUGGAAGAAAAGGCCAUCCAGUGUGCACAGGCCGGUGACAGGUAUUUGGAUGAGCAAAUCAUGGCCCUGCAUCGAAGGAAAUCGUAGUGCUGCCAGAGGAGCCCUUCUGCAGGCGGCAUGGAAGAUGUCAUGGAGUCUCUGGAACAGAAAGCCAUUGAUCUCUAUAAGCAGCUGAAGCCAGAUCAUUCCUACAGUGAUAGCUCUGAGAUGGUGAAGAUCAUUGUACUGACUGGUCAGAACUGGACCGAUCUCAAGGAGUUGUUUGGCCAUCUGAGCAAGUUGUUGGGCUGUAAGCAGAAGAUUAUUGACCUGCUCCCCAAGAUGAAGUGGCCCUCAACAGCAUCAAAGAAGCUGACAAACACAGUCAUGUUGAAGCAGGGGAAGAGGCAGAGGGAAAUUUGGCAUCUGUUAAAAAUUGCUUGUACUCAGAGUUCUGCUCGAUCCCUUGUUGGAACCAGUCUAGAAGGUGCAGUCACUACUCCAACUCCUGCAGGUCUACCUUCAACUUUGACAGCCCCCAUGCCCCGUUCUCUGUCGUGUGGCACUAAGUGCUCCGGAUGGAGAACUUUUACACAAAUAGUAGAAGAAAAUCUGAAUUAUCUUGGCUGCUUGAGUACUGUUAUUCGUGAGGCAACAGAGAGAACAGGUAAGAGUCUGAUGAGUCUUGACUGGAGUUGGCUGAAAUAGUGAUGGCCUGUGACUAUCCCAAGCUCAUGAAGAUAAUUGAUCGUUCCCAUGUAUCUGCCGACACCAGGAUAUGCUCUAGGCUUCCGUGUACAAGGAUUGGUUUUCAUUCAUUUUAACCUGUGUUAAAUGGUCUGACUGGCAACGGCUUCUUAUCAAAUGUUUACCAAGUACAGCUACCUGGGAAAACUGCGAGCCAUCCUUUUGAAUGCUUCACAGUUCUGCCAUCCGAUUUUUUUUCUUCUCCUUUAGGCAUUUUUUUUUUUUUAAUGAGGCAAUGGGGGUUUAAGUGACUUGCCCAGGGUCACACAGCUAGUAAUGUUAGGUGUCUGAGGAGGAUUUUGACACUCAGGUCCUCCUGACUCCAGGGCCGGUGCUCUGUCCACUGCGCCACCUAGCUGCCCCUUCCUUUAGGCAUUUUUAACUCCACACAAAUACUGGUCAAGAGGGGCCUUAUGAAAGUGGAGGAGAACACACGAGCGCUGGGGUCGGGGCGGGGGACGAGGAGAACCUUCACCAACAGCAUUCAUAUGCUGGCUUUCUUUCUGAGAAUGAAUUCUUUGGGUUGUGAGUUUACUUCUAGCUGUUGAGGUAUUUGAUCAGAGUAAAUGCACAUUAUGGUCGGGAACUCACAACUUUUGUUCACAUUGGCCUUUUUUAUUUCUGACUUCAGAAUAUUUUCCAGGAAAUUGAGGUAAUUAGUGUUGAUUAAAAAAUACAGAUAUUGUUCCUACACCCACUGGCACCAGAGACACUACCACAGGAGUGAGAAUAAACACGUACUUAAUCACACCAGACUUUUCAGAGUGAACUGGGCACGGCUUUGUUUCCUAUUCCUCUCACAAUACCUUUGGUAUCUGUCAGAGUGGGGUCAAUUUUCCAAAGAGUUUGACUGGUGGUGUAAAUGUCUUGUGUACACUGACAUGUAAAUGUGUUUAAAAUGUACAUUAAUAAUGACUUCUUCUGUAAUUUAUAUGGAAUUAAGAGAGCAGCUUUUAUAGAUCCUACAAGUGUCAGGUAAACAUGAAUGUUUCAGGAGUUUUAAUAGCUUUUAUUGUGUAAAUUUUCAUACAGUGUUUCAGAGAAAACGAUUGUACAAAGAAGACAGAUGUUUUUGUAUUACGCACUAAAUAAUGUUUUAUGUAUUAAAUGAUUUUAGUCUCAGUA